AUGUCAGAAAGCCAUGACCAGAUGUCUCAGGCUUUGUUAAACAAAGACUUGGUGAAAAGUAAGAAAAAGGCCUUAAUAAACAAGGAAACAAUAUGCCCUGGGAUUUUGGAAAGGGAUCCUCAGUUGCCUCCCAUCGGCUUUCGGGAUGCUUUUAUGGGAUCCCCACCAGAUCAGAGAAAACCGUGUUUUUUAACAACAUACUCCGAAGACUAUGUUCCGCAGUACAAUUACCCACCACCUGCUUGUCCUCGUCAAGAAGACUACUCCAUAGUCUACAGGAAGUGCCGUUCACAAUUCACAGACCUCAAUGGCUCCAAACGUUUUGGCAUCAACACAUGGCAUGAUGAGAGUGGGAUUUAUGCUAAUUCUGAGGCAAAACAGAAACUCUAUUCAUUGGCUGACAAUCCUAUUGUCCCACGUUAAAAGCAAUAUAUAAGCAAUCACUCUCUCAGGCGAAUGAAAAAUACCAAAUGUAGCAGUUAAUAUAUUCUUUUAAUAAACACAGUCUUCAAAUCUAA